AUGGAUGACACUUCCGGGUGCCCGCCUACAUCCUCUUUCUUCCCACCGUUCAUCCCCACAGUGAUCAAACGGCGUUUCACGUCUUCACGAUACGCAAUGGUUAGGACAGAAACGAGCAGCGCCCUGCCACCUCGAACAAUGCCAUUCAACACGGGGGAUAGCACGCCACGCCCUUCAUCCUCAGGGAGCACAAGUACAGCGCGAAAUUCCGAUGAUUCCUUCGGCUCCGAGGACACCGGAAUCAAUAGGGAUGUCCUGGCAAUAGGAGUGCCGGUGAACCACGAAGUGGGCUCUGGGCUACGGUGGAAUAGGGUGAAUCCCGCGCUCAACCUCCUCCGUCAUGCCGGGUACGAGGCUCAGCAGCAACAAUGCGAGAGCCGUUUAGUUCGCUCGCUUUACCUCAACUCCAUGGCCUACCUGCUCUCUGCACUCCCUGAGGACCUAACUAGUGAGGAAGCGGAAACGCUUCGGGAUAGUUUACCUGAGAAGCUUAAGCCGUCACUGAUUCCGGUGUCCUCGCCCCAUUCGGACUCGCCCCCCUAUCCCGCACAACGCUCCUAUAUCCAUCGAUCGCUGGCUACGGGCAUCGUCUAUUUCUGUCUGCUACUUCAGUUUCUUAUGCCGUAUAUCAAGGAGGUCAUGUUUCACAUGUAUGAGUAUGACCGAACUCACAGGGUUAGAGAGCGCGUGACGUCUCUUACUUUGUACCUCGCUGAGAUGGUUGGCCGCGGCGGCGUGAAUUUGGGCUCCACAGUUUUGGAUAUGUAUGAUGGUAAACCGGGCGAUGUGGUUUCUGGGACUGCAUCAUGGUGGUUGGAAGGGGUGGCCGGUGGGAUAUAUGAAGGCGUUGGGGAGGGUAUGGUGAUUCUCGGAUUUUCUGAGUUGGACAAGGAGAAUAGAAUAUAG